AAAUAUAAAGGGGAAGAAAAGAUGGAGCAGAACAAGAGACUGGGGAGUGAAAUUUGGAAAGAAGUGGAGCACAUGGAGAAAGAGUGAAUAGCAAAGGGUAGAGACAGGCGGUUUGCAAUGUGAGUGAUUAGUGUGUGUGGGGAGGGGAGGGUUGCGCAGGGAGAAGUGGAGCACACAACAGAUGAAGGGAAGAAAGUGGAGCAGAGACUGAGUGCGCAUCAGCGGAGAGGAGCAUAAAGAACCUGCAUGUCAGUGGGAAGGAGAAGCGCACAGUCUGUGAGAGUCGCUAGAGUGGAGAGAGCGCUGUUUGCUCCCUGUAACGCUCACUGACCUCGUCUAGAAUCCGGGGCAGCGCCGUCUGACAGUCGCACAGCGCAACUAGAGGAGACCAGUCACAGACCAAUAAGGACGGGGUUCCAACUCCCCAAGAGCUUUAGGGGGAGCACAGGACAAGGAGAAGAGCUGCUGCGACUUGUUGCGCCUACUGACAUUAGAGCCAGAGGGCGCAGUGCUAUGACCUGCAAACUUCCUUGCGCCGCCUGCUAGAAACCUCUAUAAGAACCGCCGGCGCUAUGGAGGAGAUAAGUCAGAGACCUGCGACUUGUUCAGGAGAUGAGCCUGAGAGAAGUCCUCCUGGGACCAAGGUACAAGGGCUUCUCCCCCAGCAGAACCCAGAGCCCGAGGACGUCUCAUUGGACAGCCUUGUGUACCAGAGAGCCGGACAUGAGAUCUCCUAUCCGAAAGGGGAAGAAGGACCUUCAUCUCCUGAAAACUUGGGGAAUGUGCUGGACUCUAUCCUGGAUUCCUCCUCUCACCUCCACUCAUGGACUCAUUCUGCACCCCCUGGUAUUCCAAUAUCUCCUCCUCACAUGUGUCCCAAAGCUCUCAGUAUCAACCCUACUCCUUCCCAGGAGGAAACCAGUCUUUGGGCUGGACCCACACUUGUAGAUUCUAUUCCCCUGAAAGGCAAAAACUCUUUGGAAGAGACCAAAGAACCCAACUCAUCAGUGACCAUGGAUAGUCAUGAAACUGUCACAUCUAUCCUUCCCAUAUUGCCACCAGACCUGAACCUGGACAAUAUGCCCAUCCUGCCAUUGAACCCAGCAUACCUAGCAGCGAGGGCUCGCCAGAUUCUGGGCAUGGAAGAAGGUGGACAAAGGUCUUCUCCUGACACUUCCCAGACUUCAGUUCCAUUUACAAACUUGCAGCCCAACGUGAAACAAAUUUCUUAUUUUAAUCCUGAAAUACAGCCAGAUCCCAGAAUUAAAAAGGAAAGUUCUAUAGUCUCUCUGUAUAAAGUUGCAGCCAAAGAAAGCACAUUGUGUCAGGAUUAUGGAUCGUCUCCCCGGAAUCCUUCAACUCCCGAUACAGAUCCUUCCUUGGAUUUCAUUCUGUACAAAAAUGAGGACUAUGAUUGCUUUAAGAUUUCUCAUGGGAACACAAAUGAGGACUCAGGCUGUAUUCUGCCUUCAACCUCAGCUCAAACCAUCUACCAGCCCUUGAGCCUCAAUGGUCACCAGUAUGUUACUUUCCAACCGACACCAAUGAAAGAGACCUAUUUACCCCAAAUCCAGCUCCCUUAUGUGACAUAUAUCAGGAGCGAUGGGGACCCAGAGCGAGGCAUCCCCUUUAGUUUUGAGAUGUUGCCCCAGAAGAUCUGUUUGAUCUGCGGCGAUGAAGCUUCGGGGUGUCACUAUGGAGUCCUGACUUGUGGCAGCUGCAAGGUCUUCUUUAAAAGAGCCAUAGAAGGGCACCAAAAUUAUCUGUGUGCGGGUAGGAAUGACUGCAUUGUGGAUAAGAUCAGGAGGAAGAACUGUCCUUCCUGCCGUCUGAGAAAGUGUUGCCAAGCAGGAAUGGCACUUGGAGGUCGCAAAUUUAAAAAGUUUGGUCGCAUUAAAACUGGGAGAGAAAUCGAUACAGUUGUUCUUCAGUCGCCACCCACUCUCUCGGUGGAAUGUCAGCAGAUUCUAAUGAGGAGAAUAUCCAACCGUUCUGCUCAGGAAAUCCAGUUGACCCCAGAGUUGCUCCAGAUCUUGCAGAGUAUCGAGCCUGAGGUUGUAUACGCUGGUUAUGAUAAUACGCAACCCGAGACCCCUAGUGCGUUGUUGAGUAGCCUCAAUCAGCUUUGUGAACGACAACUCGUUUGUGUAGUAAAAUGGUCCAAGUCCCUUCCUGGGUUUAGAAACUUACACAUUGAUGACCAGAUUACCCUUUUGCAAUAUUCUUGGAUGAGCCUGAUGGUAUUUGCCUUGGGAUGGAGGUCGUAUCAACAUGUCAGUGGUCAAAUGCUGUAUUUUGCACCAGAUUUGAUAUUAAACGAACAAAGAAUGAAAGAUUCGUCGUUCUAUACCCUUUGCCUCUCCAUGUGGCAGCUGCCGCAAGAGUUUAUGAAGUUACAAGUUACCCACGAGGAGUUCCUGUGCAUGAAGGCUUUGCUGCUGCUCAACACAAUUCCUUUGGAAGGACUUAAAAGUCAGACACAUUUUGAUGAGAUGAGGUCAAAUUACAUUCAAGAGCUGGCCAAGGCUAUUGGCUUAAGACAUAAAGGUGUGAUUGCCAACUCCCAGCGUUUCUAUCAACUAACCAAACUCAUGGACUCCAUGCAUGAACUGGUAAAGAAGCUUCACCUUUAUUGUCUCAACACAUUCCUGCAGUCUCGAUCGCUUAGCGUGGAAUUUCCUGAAAUGAUGUCGGAAGUGAUUUCUGCCCAGUUACCCAAGAUCCUAGCUGGGAUGGUGAAGCCACUCGUGUUUCACAAAAAGUGAACAUCAUAUUUCUUUCAUCACCCUAAAAUUAUUUAAUUAAUAUCUGUCUUGUGAUAAAAAUUUUCUAAUGGCCAUUUUUUUUGUUUUGGGCUGCAAACUGCAUGUGAGAAGAUGGAUUUCCUAUCGGCUAUAAUGGCUUUGGUUCCUCAUUUUGAUUAGCAGAAGAAUUUCAUUUUGUCCAAGGAAUAUGUGAGCCAUAGACUGGUGCUCCAUGAAUGUGUGGGUUGCUAUCAUUCAAAAUCUCUAAGCUAAAUUAUUAGGGUUCAAGCACACGGGCAUAUUCGGGAGAUUUAGUCGCCUGGCAACUAAUUGCCUCCUCUUCGGGGCCAAUGCACUGGCAGUGCUUCGCUUUCUGAAGUUUCCUUGUGAGGGAACUUUGGGAGACUUCGGAAAUUGAAGCGCCAUGAGUGCAUUGGCGCUGGCGUUUUCUCAUUAUAGCAGGCGGCAGGCAGUUCGGGGAGAUUGUCGCCCCGAAGAAGAGGCGAUAAGUCGACAGGCUACUAAAUCUCCCCGAAUCUGCCCGUGUGCUUGAACCCUUAGGGGGUUAUUUAUCAAGGUCGGAAUUUAUCUCAAUAUUUUCUGAAAAAAACUCUAGACCAAAUCUGUACAGGUUUUUGGGGCUUGUUUAUUAAUACACUUUCCCGAACAUUUUAUUUGUGGGAAAAAAUCGUGAAAAAUCAAAUUUUCACGUUUUUCAAGAUUUUUUCAGAUUUUUCA